CCAUCGUCAGUUGCUUGAGCAUUUAGCUCUGGAAAAGUACUCAGAUAAUGCAAAUCACAUGGAAAUUAAUGCUCCCAAGUUGAGGUCAUUUGUCUUCAUAGGUAAUAUACAUUUUAUACAUCUAAAAUGUGUCCCUCUUCUUGCAAAAGUUUCACGUGAGUCUAUAGAAUCCUCUGUAAGGGCAGGAAAUUAUGAUCUUGCGGUAUUUUUCAAGUCUAUUCCUGCUCUUGAGAAUCUCCACUGGGAUUACAGUAAUUUCCGGCCGUUCAUGUUUGCAGGACCAGGUGAAGUACCAGGAAAGUUUCCUUCUGCUCUUAACUGCCUUAAACGUCUUUACCUAUCCGAGGUCUGCGUGGCGGAACAUGUCGAGGUUGCAUGGGCUCUUUGCUUGAUAAGAAGCUCCCCAUAUUUAGAGGAACUUGAAAUUAAGGGACCUGGUGAUCUUUUUGGUGAAUUACUUUCUUUUGUGCCUUGGGUGUUGAGGAUGAAAUUCCUGCAAGCUUCUCAGAUGUGACAUAUAAUUACCUCAGGGCAGUUAAGAUUAAAGGUGUAGCAGGAGCAAAGGUUGAAAUGCAGCUUAUCAAGGUUUUAUUGGCCAAGUCUCCGGUGUUAAGGAGAAUGGUGAUUGACCCCGAUAUAGAAGGUGAUGAAUCUCUCAAAGAACUCCCGCAGAUAACAAAAUUUCAGCGGGCAUCACCUUGAGCUGUAGUUGUAUAUAAUGUGAAUGUCUAUCCUGGUUACAAACCUGCUUGAUGUUCGCGAGUCGUUGAUCAGACCAUGAUCAUUGGCCAAAAUGUUUUGAAAGCUUCAGCUUUAAAUAGAAGCUAAUGUUGAUGCCGUAUUUUAAGGCUAUUUUUUAACCUUUGCGUGAGAAAACUCAGUUUGGUAACGUGCAUCUGGAUGGAUGUUGUGGCUAGUGUAUACAUACCAUACAUGUUCAAGGCAAUGAAUGCAAUGUGAAGUUUUUCCAUGCAAAAUAUACUUUCAUGAUUUUAUAGAAUCAAAUUUUGAACA